AUGGCAUCCCUCUGCAGCUCGCGCGUCCUCCUCCACGUCCCGCCAGGCCAGCUUCAGGACGCCGCCCCGCUCGACCUCGCUGGCACUCGCGACAUGACGCUCCCGACCCCAAAGGUCCGCCUCGACGUGUUCGACAAGGUCGUCGUCGGCAGCAAGACGGACGACAACAAGCGCUACACGAUCGAGUGCAUCGACACGAACACGUACAAGUGCACCUGCAUGGCCUGGCUCAUGCUCAACACCAAGGUGGCCGUCGACGUGCGCACCUGCAAGCACAUCCGCGACCUCCUCGGCGACGAGCACGAGAACGCUCGCUGCGGCGCCGGCGCCGGCGUCGCCAAGCACCCGCCCAAGAAGAAGAAGUCGGCCGCUCCGCUCUCGCCCUCGGGCUCGCGCACCAUGUCGACGUCGGCCUCGGGCGCGCAGGAGCAGGACGACACGCCGGCGCCGAAGCGCACUUACGCCGCGCCGGGCGCCAAGAAGCGACCGGUCGCGGUCCGCGGUGCCGGCGGGAGCAAGGCGGCGAGCGGGGCCAAGGGCAAGGGCGCGGUCAAGGGCAAGGCCAAGCCCAAGGGCAAGGGCAAGGCCAAGGCGGCCGAGGUCGAGGAGGACGAGGACGCCGAGGACGAGGUCGUCGAGGCGCUCAAGAAGAAGAAGGUCAAGGCGCGCAAGGGCGGGAUCGAGCUCCUCCUCGCCAACAAGUUCGACCUCGACUCGAAGAAGAAGGACCCGACGGGCUGGUGGAUGAGCGAGAAGCUCGACGGCGUGCGCGCGUACUGGGACGGCGAGUCGACCCUGUGGUCGCGCGUCGGCAACCCGUUCUCGGCCCCCUCGUCCUUCACCUCGAACCUGCCGCAAGGCCACGAGCUCGAUGGCGAACUGUUCAUGGGCCGCAACCGCUUUGACGAGACGAGCGGGAUCGUGCGCAGCAUGAACUCGGAGCGCUGGGGCGAGCUGCGCUACAUGGUAUUCGACAUCCCGUCGCAAGCGUCCAAGCCGUUCGAGGACCGCCUCGCCCAGCUGCACGACCUCUUCCCGCGCGCCGACCCGGCCACGCCGACGGCCUCCUCGGCGGCGGCGCUCAACCCGGCAGGCGACGAGGGCGGCGGCAUCGUGCGCGUCGUCGAGCAGGACAUGUGCGACGGGUGGGACCACCUGCUCGAGAAGCUCGAGGAGGUCAAGGGGCUUGGGGGUGAGGGCUCCAUCUUUUCGACCGAGCUUUCGGGCGACGCUCAUUCGUCGAACCGCGCGCAGGCUCAUGCUCCGCCGCCCGGCUCCGAGUACGUCCACAAGCGCUCGUCGACGCUCCUCAAGGUCAAGACGUUCCACGACGCCGAGGCGCGUGUCGUCGCUCACGAGCCGGGCAAGGGAAAGUACGUCGGCAUGCUCGGCGCGCUCGAGUGCGUCAUGGAGGACGGCGAGACGACGUUCAGCGUUGGCUCGGGCUUGACGGACGAGAGGCGCCAGAACCCGCCGCCGGUCGGCGCCGUCGUCACGUACCGCUUUCAGGAGUUCACCAAGGCGGGCAUCCCGCGCUUCCCGACGUUCGUCGGCGAGCGCUUUGACGUUGACGGGCCCAAGGACGCGCAGCUCGCGCCCGAGGUCGAGUGA